CCCCACUUCUCCAAGCUGAUGCGGCGGAAAUGGCUGACCAGCUCCGAGGCCCUGGACGGCAUCGUGGGCACCCUGGGGGCUCAGGCCCUGGCCCUGCGGAGAAUGCACGACCAGCCUUACCAGGCCCUGGUGGGGGAGCUGCACCGCAGGGCCCUGGUGGAAUACGUGCGGCCCCUGCUGCGGGGACGUCUUCGGUGCCGGUCGGCCCGCUCUAGGAGCCGCGUGGCCGGGAGGCUGAGGGAUGAGGCUGCCCAGCUCCAGAGACUCUUCCGACGCCUGGAGUCGCAGGCCUCCUGGCUGGACGCUGUGGUGCCGCAUCUGGCCGAGGUGUUGCAUCUGGAGGACACGCCGAGCAUCCAGGUGGAGGUUGGGGUCUUGGUGCGGGACUACCCUGACAUCAGGAGGAAGCACGUGGCCGCCCUCUUGGACGUCCGUGGGCUUCGCAGCGCAGCGGCCCGCCACGAGAUCCUGGCCGUGGCCCGGGACCUGGAGCAAAGCGGGGAAGGCGCCCCCGCCCCUCCCAGGGACCGAGCUUUUUUUGCCGACAUUCCCGUCCCGAGGACCCCCUUCUGCCUGGGCCUCCCCCUCCCGCUUGCCCGGCUGCCCCUCGACCGCCUGGCCAGGCCCCGUCUGGCCUGCCUGCCCAGACCGCGCCCUCGAUCCCCCGCCCGGCCCCGGGCCCAGCCCUGAGGGACCCAGGGCUCCCCCAACCUGCCCUGCCAUGCUGCUGUCCCAGCCUGGAAGCCCCAGGAGGCUCUGCUGCCCGCCAAGAGCCCGGCCCCAGGGAGGAGCCUGUCCUGGCUUCCAAGCCGGGCCCUAGAACCGGGGACCCCCGGAGAGUCCUCAGAACCAGCGGCGUAGCCAGGGGAAGCCCAGGAAUGGGACAGAGGCCGCCAGCACGGGAGAACCUCUAGAACCCGGACCGCUGGCGCCGGGGGCCACCUUAGGGCAGAGAGUGUCGGAGCUGGGAGGGACCUGCAGACCGCCCAAGUGCGGAAGGAAAAGGAAUUAGGAUGCGGAGCAAGAAUCCGUCCACCAGUCAAUCAGUGGGCGCUCACUGGGCGCCCCCUGCGUGCCUAGACUAUGGCGGUGGGACGAGGCGUAGUUCAUUUAGUAUAGAUGGGACAACUGAGGCUCGUGAGCCAAGGGAGGGACUUGCCCAAGGUCACGCAGCGGAGCUGGGGUUCCCCCCAUCUCCAUCUCUCUUCCCUCUCAGUGUCUUCUGGGGCGGCUCCUCGUGUAAUAAAGAAUGUAUGAUUAUAAAAUAAAGAUGUUUCUAUUUAA